AUGUCGCUCGUCAACCUUGCACACGUGUGCUCACACUUGCAAAAUGCAUCCAAGGCUCGUCUCGGCCUGACAUCGAUUCCCGUCUCGAAGAUGCAUGUCAACCUGGUCCUUGGCCUGCAGCGCGAAGGCUUUCUUUCCUCGGUAACCCUCGGUGGAGUCUCACCGCCAAAGCCUUUCCUCCUGCAAUCGCAGCCCGACCCAGAAGAGCUCGACAUGAUGGCACGAAGGCUCCAGAAAGAACCAUGGCAAGCAUUCAAUGUAGAAGGCGGCGCGGAGACAGAGCAAGUCCUCGGCAAGGAGCAGUUCAACAACAUCGGCGUACCCACAAACCCUGCGAGGCGAAGACUCUGGCUCGGCCUCAAGUACUGGAACAACGAGCCGGUCUUGAAGAACAUGAAGCUUGUUUCAAAGCCAACAAGGCGGAUAUGGCUCACUUCACAGGACCUGGGCAAGAUCACAAGGACACGAGAGUCGAGCUACGUCAAAGGGCUUACACACCCGGGAGAGUGCAUGUUCCUCACAACGGACCGGGGUAUUCUGGAGGCACGAGAGUGCGUGGAGAGACAAUUGGGCGGUAUGGCAUUGUGCAGGGUGUGGUAG